UUCAGCUAUGUUUUUUCCUCACCUCACAAGACCAAUACCGAUGACUAAUCUACCACAGGGGCCACAGAAUCCUCCUGUAGCUAAUAUGAGUAAUGCUCAAAAUUCCCAUGGACAAUCUCUCAUUGUGCAGUCUCAACCAAUGGAUAUGGCCUCUAAUACACAACCUUUACAACAAGUAUCACAACAACCAUCAACUACUCCAAUGCAAAUUACUGAAGCUUCUUCUCGACCUGCACGGAAAAAAAAUGUUAUUAAAAUAAUUGAUCCUGAUACAGGCUGUGAAGUUGACUUAUUUAAUUCAUUACAAGGGCCACCAAGUGCUGAUGAAUUGGAAAAGAUGAAAGUUCAAAGCCAAUUCCAAAGUCAAGUACAAAGUGCUGUUAAAAAAGAUGACACUAAAUUAUCUGAUAAUAAUAUGAAUAAUGAAGGAGGAGAAAAAGUUCGAAAUGAAUUCCAAUCACAAGUCAAAAAAUUGGCAAGUGAAAGCACUUCAGUACCCUCAAAAGCCAUAGAUAUUGACACUCAGGUUUCUGAAGAAGUUGUUAAUCAAGUUGAAGAAAUAAGUGUUGAUUCUGUUAAUACAGAAGAAGUGCCUAUUGCUAUAAAUAAUUCAAUUGAUAUUGAUAUUGGUAGUGUUACUAUUAACACUGAAGAUACCACUUUAGUUGUUAAUGAAAGUGAAAUAGAAACAACACCAACAAAUUUAUUACCAAGUUCUACUAUUACUCCUCCUGAAAUACAGAUACAAAAUGCUGAUGUAACUAAUGUUUCAGAGGAUCCUAUUCUUUUAAAAAAGACUACAGAUGAAGAAACUGUUAAAUCAGUUAAACCAAAAAAACAUAAAAUCAAAAAGAAGAAUAAUCAGCAGAAGAAUUUGGUUAAAGUUGAUGCCAACGAUGGAGUAAAAGUAGAAAAUACAAUUGAAACUACUACUAUUGAGCCUGUCAUCGAAUCAAAAACUACUGAUAUUUCAAAAAAACAAGAAAAUAAGGAGAAUGAGGAUAAUAAUCAUGACUCUAAAAAUGAAGAAGAGGAGAGUAUUAUUCCAAAACAGGAAGAAUUAUUACAACAACCGGAAGAGACCCAAAAUAACGGAAUUAAACAUGAACCUGAGGUUGAACACGCAGCUCCAAAAUUGCCCAGUUACUUAGACAGUUUACCUUAUGCUGAAGGACAAUGGAGUUUUACAAAUCCGACUGGAAAAAAAGUGUAUUCUAAGUUAUUUUUAAUAAAACUUGGUAAUGAAGCUGUCUGUCAAAAGAAGCCUGAUGUGUUAAGAAACUGGAGUAAUAUAACCAAAUCAUCUAGUGCACCUCAAUUUAAUUCAUUAGGUGGGAUGGUAUCUAAUUCACUAAGGUCCCAAAGUGCAAGUGCAACUGGAUUUAUGCCUUCCUAUUUCAAACCUGGUAAUAGUCAACGUGGUAGUGGUAUGCCUAUUAUGCAACCAGGUGCUAAACGUAACAGUAGUCAAGGAAAAACAGCAAGUAAAACAGCAAAACCUAACACUAUUCAUAUGUCUCUUUCUUUAAGAGAAGAAGUUAAAUUAAAUCAGACUGAAAAUGCUUGGGUUCCAACAGCUGCUAAAAAAGCUACCAAGUCAGAUUUAGUUAAAACAAAAAAUGAAGAGGAACUAAAGAAUGAUGAAGUAAACAAGAGCGUUCGAUCAAUUUUAAAUAAAAUAACUCCUGACAACACACCUUCAUUAACUGAGCGUUUUAAAGCAUUGCCAAUAGACACUAUUGAACGUUUAGAGAAAACUAUUGAUUUAGUUUUUGAAAAGGCUAUAGAAGAACAAAGUUUUGCACCUCUUUAUGCAUCUCUAUGUUCAGCUAUGCAAUCAGUACAAGUUAGUUCCAAGGAUGGUAAAACAGCAUCUUUUAAGAAGUUAAUUAUAAGUAAAUGUCAAAGCCUAUUUGAAUUAGAUAAGGCCCAAGAAAUGGAUUCUGCUAAGAAACUAACUGAAAUCAAUUCAUGCAAAGAUCCAGAAAAAAAGAAAGAACUUCAACUUGAAUUUGAAGAAAAUGAACGAAGAUUACGCAAACGUUCUGUAGGAAAUUGCCGAUUUAUUGGUGAAUUAUUUAAACAAAAAAUACUUACUCCAAAUAUUAUGUUGUAUUGCAUUGUGAAUUUAGUCACUAAACAUGUUGAAGAACCACUAGAGUGUUUGUGCAAUUUAUUAAAGACUGUUGGAAAAGAAUUGGAACAAUCUUAUGAUUUAAAUGAGACUUUUGAUAAACUGAAAGCUUUAACAUCCAGAGAGAUGAAAUCCAAGAUUCCUUCUAGAAUAAAGUUCAUGAUACAAGAUGUAAUUGAUUUACGUAGAGACAAAUGGAUACCUAGGCGUACUGAUAGUAAACCUAAGAUGAUAAAUGAAAUAGAAAAUGACGUCAAAAAUGAAGCGAUUGAACAACAAUCUAUAUCACUAGCUUAUAAUAGACCUGAAAAACGAGAUCAUCAUCGUGGUGAUGACAAAUUCAGGGGCGGUGAAAACAAGGGUCGCCGUGGAAAUGAGAAUGAGUGGAAUGUUGUUCAAAAUAAUACUAAGUAUAAGCAACAUAGUUUCACUUUUGAUCAAUCUAAACUACAAGGUUUUAAGGAAACCUCGUCUGUGACAACUUUAGGCCCACCUAAAUGGUCAUUUCCUACGGGUAAAAAUACGUCAUUUACUAGCAGUAACACAUAUGCAGUUCUUAAUGAUGAUAAAAAAUCAUCAAGUUCUUCACAAAUAAUGUCAAAUAAAACCACAUCACGGAAACCAGUUAUAUCUGAAAUUGAAGAAAGACAAAGGAUGAUGUCUGGCGUUGCAAGUAUGAUGAUGCCUCAAUUUGCUCAACCCAUUCCUUCAAUGAAUUCUAGUUCUCAGCCCAAAGAUACUGUUGAAGAACCAAUUGUAUCAGACUCAGAAAUUGACGAUAAAAUUAAUAUGAAAUGUAAAAAUAUUCUUCUUGAAUAUGAGCAAAUGCAAAAUUUAGAUGAUAUUAUUUAUUCAUUAUCGGAAGAUAAAACUUCAGUGAUACGCACAAGGCAUGAAGAGUUUGUGAAAUCAAUGUCACUUAUAACAUUAGAUAGUAGUCCAAUUACCCGAACAACAGUGGCGGGGAAAAUUUUUGCUGAACUAUUAUCCAAAAAAAUUCUUUCUAUGGAGGCCAUAACUCGAGGAAUUGAUGCUGUCCUUAAAGAUUGGAAUGAUUAUUUGAUGGAUUAUCCUCAAUUUUUCUCCUAUAUUGCUGCCAUUACUGCUCCAUUAUUAUUAUCACAGAGUGCUUCCUUUGAUUUCAAUAAUUUAAAAGAUUCUUGUACAUCAAUACGACCAGAAAAUUCUAGUAAAUUUUUUACAGAAGUAUUGAAUAAAAUUCUUAAAUCCAAGGAAACACAAAAUAUUAAAGAACAACUAGGUGGUAUAUUGUGGAUUUACAAUAAGUGGAGGACGUCAGAAUAUGUUCCUCUUGAUGUAUUUAUGCCUAGUAACCAAAUAAAUAAAUUUUAUAAAAAUGAUAGAAUUGGAGUAUUCCUCUUAUCUAUUGCUAUGUAUGAUAAAAUGAAGAUGUCUGAAGGUAAAAAAUUGUACGAAAUAUUUCAUAGUUGGAUAAGUGAUAAUAUCAGUGCAGAAAUAAUAAAAUGCCCUCAAUUUGUACGAGCAUUAACCAUAGCUAUUGUCAUUGUAUGCUCAAAACCAAAUCAUUCUUACGAAGAUUUCUUUGAUCAUGUUCAUGUGAAAUUGUUGACCUGUUAUAUUCGGUCUGAACCACUUCCAGUUCCUGAAAUCCAGGCAAGAGAAGUGCAAUGUCUAUAUGGCAUUCAAAUUAUGUCUGCUGCACUUGAACAUCCUGGAGGAAUGGUAUUAAGACUGUUCCAUAAGCUCUAUCAAGAUAGUGUUAUAAGUAAAGAAUCAUUUGUACUAUGGAAAAAAGAAGAUGAAUUUAAACCUGGAUUUGAUGAAGACUUGGAAACAAAAACUAUGGCUGUUGUAGUUUUAAAUUCAUUUUUCCUUUCACUUGCAACAAACGAUUCUGAUGAGGAUGAAACAGCUGAAUAG